AUGUAUCGUCCAAGUUUCUGGGGCUUGGGGGUUUUAUUGACCUGGUGGUCCUGGAAGGGGGCGGCGUACAGCACAGGCGGGCCGCUACCGUUGCCUGCGGGAAUCAGCGAAGCCUACGUCGACUGCGUCAAUUCGACCGGACUCAUGGUUCAUACCCUGUCUGCUGGCUGCGAUGACGCGGAGAAACCUCUGGUGCUUCUGCUGCACGGCUUCCCCGAGGUCGCAUACACCUGGAUCCAUGUGAUGCCGACCUUGGCCAGUCAGGGCUACUGUGUUGUUGCGCCGGAUCUGCGUGGCUCCGGCCGCACCACCGGCUGGGACACCCGGGCGUACUCGCAGGUCGCCUUGAGCGAGUUCAGCAACACGAACAUGGUCCGGGAUCUGGUUGCGCUCGUCUACGGUCUGGGGUACGAUCAGGCCCUGUCGGUCGUGGGCCACGACUACGGAGCGAUCCUGGGCGGGUGGGCGUCCCUCGUGCGCCCGGACAUGUUCACGUCGUCGAUUCAGUUGACCAACCCGUUCGACCCGGCACCUCUGCCGACGAUGUGGAAAAGGAAGCCAACAGCAUCUUCGAAUUCGAGCGAAUCUGUCGCCGCGGCCCCUGUCAACGUGACCACUCUGACGCCCAGCAUCGUCCACCUGGAAGCCGAUCUGGAACACCUGCAGCCUCCGAGGAAGUACUACCAGCUCAGCAAUUCGGGGCCCAGCGCCGCGAACGACUGGAACUCGGGAGGUGCACUGGGCCCGCGCGAGUUCCUGCGGUCAUACUUCUACGUCAAAUCCGCCGACUGGCCUGGCAACCGACCGCAUCCUCUCGCAAAUUCCACGGCCGAGCAGGUCGCCGAGAUCCCCCACUACUAUGUGAUGCUGCUGAACGAAUCGAUGAGUCAAACCAUGGUGUCCAUGACUGCAGGCUACAACGUCAGCGCCAGCCUGUCCUGGCUGCCGGACGACGAGUUGGACGUUUACCUGGCCGAGUACCAGCGGGUAGGUUUCCAAGGCCAGCUGAACUGGUACAGGGUCCUGACGGCCCCCACGCCCGACGUCCUCAUCAUGUCCGGGCGCAAAAUCGAGGUCCCUGUGAUGUUCAUCGGCGGCGACAAGGACUGGGGCGCCUACCAGCAUCCGGGUGCGUUGGAAAAGUACAAUGAGACAUGCACCGAUUUCCGAGGCACCUUCAUGAUACCAGGGGCUGGCCACUGGAUGCAAUUGGAACAGCCUCAGGCCCUGACGGAGCGCAUCACACGCUUUCUCAAGGAGUUACGAUAG